UUCUCACGUACUUGUGAUUGUCAUUUUACUUGAAAUUCUGCUCCGCGCGGUCGAAGUUACCCGCUGUAUUAUUUUAUAUUUAACACAAUAAAAGAGAAAAUGAAGCCGCCGUACAAAAUAGCUAACUUAAGCUUGGCUGAGUUGGGUCGCAAUGAAAUUAUGCUGGCAGAGAAAGAAAUGCCAGGUCUUAUGGCGUGUCGCCGCAAGUACGCCCCUGGUCAAAUUCUCAAAGGUGCCAGAAUUGCUGGGAGCCUUCACAUGACAGUACAGACAGCUGUGCUCAUAGAAACUUUGAUUGAAUUAGGAGCAGAAGUUCAAUGGUCAAGUAGCAAUAUCUACAGCACACAAGAUGAAGCUGCAGCUGCCCUUGUGGCUCGAGGAAUACCUAUUUAUGCCUGGAAAGGUGAAACCGAAGAAGAAUACACCUGGUGUAUCGAACAGACACUCAUCUUUGCUGAUGGCAAACCCCUUAACAUGAUAUUAGAUGAUGGCGGUGACUUGACUAACUUAGUACACAAGAAGUACCCACAUCUCUUAGAAAAUGUUAAAGGUAUUUCUGAAGAAACAACCACUGGUGUACACAAUUUGUACAAAAUGUUCCGCGAGGGACACUUAAAAGUUCCAGCGAUAAAUGUCAAUGAUUCAGUGACAAAGAGCAAAUUUGAUAACUUGUAUGGAUGCAGGGAAUCCUUAUUAGAUGGUAUCAAGAGAGCAACUGAUAUUAUGAUAGCAGGAAAGGUAUGUGUUGUCGCUGGGUACGGUGAUGUUGGUAAGGGCUGCGCACAAGCUUUUAAAGGUUUCGGUGGUAGGGUUAUUGUCACCGAAAUAGACCCAAUUAAUGCUCUUCAAGCAGCCAUGGAAGGCUUCCAAGUGACUACAAUGGAAGAAGCCUCAGAAGUAGGUCAAAUAUUUGUCACCACAACAGGAAAUAUAGACAUUAUUUGCAAGGAACAUUUCCUAAGAAUGAAAGAUGAUGCAAUUGUUUGCAACAUUGGGCACUUUGACUGUGAAGUUGAUGUUGCUUGGUUGGACAGUAAUGCCAAAAAAGUAAAUAUUAAGCCUCAAGUAGAUCGCUAUGAAUUGGAAAAUGGAAACCACAUUAUCGUACUUGCGGCCGGCCGUCUUGUCAACUUGGGAUGUGCAACUGGACAUUCAUCAUUUGUCAUGUCCAACUCAUUCACUAAUCAAGUUUUGGCUCAAAUUGAGUUGUGGACAAAGCACAAUGCUUAUCCUAUUGGAGUACACACUUUGCCUAAAAAAUUAGAUGAGGAAGUAGCUGCACUUCAUUUGGAACAUCUUGGUGUUAAACUCACUAAACUAACACCCAAGCAGGCCAAAUAUAUUGGUGUACCUGCUGAAGGUCCGUUCAAACCAGAUCACUACAGAUAUUAAUUCUGUGAUAACCCUGAAUAAAAGUAACAACCAAACUAUUUUUCUGAAAUUUUUAUUAAAACAUAUAAUGUUACUUGUAAGUUACAAGA